AUGGAUGUAGUGAGGAGUUGUGAUGUGUGCCAGCGUCAAGGAGCCAUCUCUUGGCGCCAUGAGUUAACCAUGACACCUAUUCUAGAGCUGGGGCUGUUUGAUGUGUGGGGAAUCGACUUCAUAGGCCCAUUUGUGAGCUCUUAUGGGCAAAAAUACAUUCUGGUUGUAGUGGACUAUGUGUCCAAAUGGGUUGAGGCAGUUGCUUUGCUUGAGAAUGAUGGUAAGACUGUUGCUGGUUUUCUAAAGAAGAAUAUCUUCUCAAGGUUCGGCACACCCAAAGCUAUCAUCAGUGAUAGUGGUUUUCAUUUCUACAAUAAGGUGUUCAGUUCUCUUCUGGCUAAAUAUGGAGUUAAACAGCACAAGGUAGCAACACCUUAUCACCCACGUACCAGUGGCCAAGUGGAAGUCUCCAAUAGAGAAAUCCAAGCAAUUUUGGCUAAAACGGUGAAUGCCAACAUGAUAGAUUGGGCACGGAAGUUGGAUGAUGCUCUAUCGGAAUAUCGGACAGCUUUCAAGACACCUAUUGGUAUGUCUACAUAUCAAUUGGUUUUAAGAAAGGCAUGUCAUUUGCCGGUUGAGCUUGAGCAUAAAGCACUCUGGGCUUUGAAGAAGCUAAGUUUUAGUUGGAGUGAAACUGCAAAACUGAGGUUGGAUCAGAUCAAUGAGAUGGAUGAUUUACGUUUGAGAGCCUAUGAGAGGUCUGCACUGUAUAAGGAGAGGAUGAAGCUAUAUGAUGACAAGCAUAUUGAGAAAAUAAGCUUCACUCCUGGUGACUUGGUAUUACUUUUCAACUCCAGACUUCGUCUGUUUUCGGGAAAGUUGAGAUCCAAAUGGUCUGGACCUUUUAAGGUAACACAGGUGUUUCAGUCGGGUGCUAUUGAGCUAGAAAAUGAUAAGGGCGAGAGGUUCAAAGCAAAUGGCCAGCGAAUCAAGGCGUAUUUGGGUGUUUCAGAAGAUGUGAAGAUUGUGGAGGAAUGUAAACUUGAUGAAGUCUGA